GCCAUCCAUUACAGGCCAUUUCCCCCUCACGCAAUCGUCAACCAACAAACCCUCCUCCUCUUCUCCUACCUUCAAACAAGCAACCAUGCCUCGCGAGCGCACCUACAUCAUGAUCAAGCCUGACGGCGUCCAGCGUGGUCUCGUUGGCGAGAUCAUCAAGCGCUUUGAGCAGAAGGGCUUCAAGCUCGUCGCUCUCAAGCUCAAGACGGCCUCCACCGAGCUUCUUGAGGAGCACUACGCCGACCUCAAGGGCAAGAAGUUCUUCCCUUCCCUCGUCAAGUACAUGGCCUCCGGCCCUGUCUGCUGCAUGGUCUGGGAGGGCACGGAUGCCGUCUACUUUGGCCGCAAGCUCCUCGGUGAGACCCGCCCCUACGACUCUGCCCCCGGCACCAUCCGCGGCGACUUCUGCGUCGAGGUUGGCCGCAACAUCUGCCACGGUUCCGACGCCGUCGAGAGCGCCGAGAAGGAGAUUGCCCUCUGGUUCACCCCCGAGGAGCUUAACGACUGGCAGCAGGUCACCGAGUCCUGGGUCUACGAGUAAGCCCCACAGCGCUCUCCACCACCACCAUCACGAGCAUUUCUUCCUCGCUUGGCGGUGCGGUGGCGGCCUGAGGUUGUUGUGAGUGGGGUGUGAUGAGGAUGUGAUGUGUCCAUCUGAUGAAGGUGUGCGUCCGUUCUCCCAUCCUGCUUGCAUCUGCUCUCGUCGCUCCUCGUCUCGCGACCUUUCUCUCUCUCUCUCUCUCUCGAUCGUCUAGUUUUGAGCCCCUCUGCUCGCUCUCUCUCUCUCUCUCAUCUUUGGUUGGUUUGUGUUGUGCAUUAAACGACAAGUGUGAGGCCA